AUGACAACCAGCCAGGCCUCGUUGUUCUUUGCAACAACGAUUAAAAGAACGUACCUUUGUCGAGCAUGGACAGUAACAGGGUUGCUAAGGCAACGAACCUUGGUUGGCUGCCAAAGUCGCAAGAAAUCGAGUGUUUAUACCAGAACUGGUGACAAAGGCACUUCGAGUUUGUACAGUGGUGAGCGUAGGCCUAAGAGCGACAAUAUAUUUCAUGCAUUGGGUGAUGUCGAUGAAUUAAAUAGUAGUAUAGGCAUUGCACAUCAUUAUUGCAAGAAAGCCCAGAAUGGGUUAGAGGAUCGAUUAAUCUGGAUUCAAUGCAAAUUAAUUGAAUUGUCUUCAAAUAUCGCGACACCUCGCACAACAUCACGCGAAAAUAAAUUGUCGCAUACGGCUUUUGAUCCGACGAGUGUCGAUACUUUGGAAUCAUGGAUUGAUGAAUUGGAUGCGCAACUUCCUCUACUCAAAAAUUUCAUCCUGCCAUCAGGAGGCGAAAGUGCCAUAUUUUUGCAUCAAUGCCGAUCGAUUUGUCGAAGAGCAGAAAGAGCAACAGUGGACUUGACAGAGAACGGAACAGCCGAUCCGGAUGUUCAACGAUAUCUCAACAGAUUAAGCGAUUUCUUUUUUGUGGCUGCACGAUAUGCUGCAAAAGUUGAUGGGGCAAAAGAGAAUUAUUAUGAGCAACGACGAAAGGAUAAAGAGAGUAUAUUGGUGACAAGAGAAUUGAAGGAAGACAACAGUAACAGCUAG